AUGUCAAGCAGAACAUCAAAAGUUGCUAUAUUAAUACUCGUCAUUGUGCUCGUCCUUGGACCAGCUGCAUACGCACUUUCUGCGGCCGAUAUUUAUGUUCCAACAAGCACCUAUAGUGACUAUAACCAGGCUGCCUGCCGAGAUCAUAUUAAGAUCGGCACUAUAAAACAUCAACCAUCGGAUCACGUUCCAGACGCAGUCAAAGUUCCCAAAGGAAAUAAAUUCAAGUUCUUGCUGUAUGCAUCUGGAUAUCAACAUUAUCAAUGCAAGGUUGGAACACAAGGACAACCAGGAAAUUGGACAUUUGUUGGACCUGUCGCAUAUUUAAUAAAUGACAUCCGUCACGAUUCGUUUGAAAAUGUUUGUGAUCGAGUUGCUUUUCACCAUUUAGAGAAAAUCGAUCACAUUAGUGGAGUGGCAUGGAGUGGUAUAAUUCGAAGAGACCAUUCUACGGUUGUCGCCAAAGCAGUCAAGACUUACCCUUCUCCUGAUGGAGAGAACAAUAUUCCGUGGCUGCUGGCCAAAGCUAAUUACAACUGGGGUGUUGGCGCAUUCAGUGAUGUCACAUACAUCUACCGCACCAAGACAUAUGGAGGCAGAGCCCCACCGAAUGAGAAAUGUGGCGCCGAGUUUCCUGAUGGUUACGAAUAUGCUAGCCCAUACAAGGCUCAGUAUUGGUACUAUCGUCAUGAUAUUCAUCUAGACUGA